AUCCUGGGGCGGGGGGAGCUCUCACUGUGAGGGGGCUGCUCUGGCAGGGCAGCAGCAGGGGAGCAAAGGUCACAUCAGUGGUGCUCUCACUCCCGCCAGACGUGAUGCCCAUGCUGGACCCUAGCCAGCUCGUCAUCCGUGAGAUGCAGGAAGAUGAGGAGCAGAUGGUUCUGGAGCUGCUAAAGGAUGGGUUCAAGGACACGGAGAACCGGCUGAUCCUGUAUGUCCUGACACGGCCCCUGGCGCUGCUGCUCCUGGCCGUGGUGAGCAGCGGCCUCCGCUUCCUGCUCAACUCCUUUGUAGCGGCGCUGCUGGGGCCCGUGCUCCUCACCAUCCUGGCCCUCAAGCUGCUGCUGCGGCGCUCGCCAGACCUCGGCUGCCUGGGCGCGUACUACCGCUCGGGGCAGCGUGGGCUCUGGGUGGCGGUGUAUGACGGCGACGACGUGUGCGGCUGCGUGGCGCUGCAGCCCUGCCCGCAGGGGGUGACCCGUACAGCUGAGCUGAGGCGCUUGGCUGUCAGCCGCUGGUACCGGCGCUCCGGCGUGGGGCGCCGCCUGCUGGCCUUCCUGGAGGCCCAGGCCCGGGCCCAGGGCUACGAGCGCGUGGUGCUCUACGCUGCUGUGGUCACCAAGGCUGCCAUCGGACUCUUUGAGAGCAGCGGCUACCGCCCCACCGGCGGGCACAGCUGGCUGGGCUAUACCAUCCUGCAGGAAUUCAGCAAGGAGCUCUAGCACCCCCUGCUCUCCUUCUGCGGGGUCGGGGCAGUGGCUUGUAGGGAGCAAUUCUGGCCAAGGGCUGGUGGGCCGCAUCCACCCUCAUGCCCAGGAGCCCCUCUGCUCCAUGGACGUGGGAUUUGGGGUGCGGCAGCCCCGGCCUUCGCUCCCAGGAUGGCAGUGCCACCUCUUCCUUGACUGGAAACAGCCUGUUUUGGAUGAGUCCCUUGCCGGAGCUUCAGCUGGAUAAGACUGGCUGGACCUGAUUGUGACUGUUGCGGGGGGGCGGGAAUCACAGACUCUCUGGUGACUGCUCUGGGGAAGGGGAUAUAGGGUGGGCAACCCUGACAUGGAACAGAGCAAAAGGGAACUUGAGCUUGGAGACUGGGGAAGUCCUGCCCCUGGGGUGGCGGUGCAGGCGUUGCCCCAGGGGUGGGGGGUGGAACCCCAGCAUUAGAGCAGGGCUGCAGAGGAGUGUCUCUCCUGUCCCAGAGUGGGCUCUCCCCAGCACCUGCUUGGCUGUGUGAUGGAGUCAUUUGGCCCUGGUUUGCCAUGAGCAAAUUCCUGGGCCUGGCUGAGGAUCGCAUUGCUGUAGCCAGGAGAAUGGGGACUCUGGAGCUUUCAGUUGCCCCUGCGGUCUGGCAGCUCCUGUCCAAGCACCCCAGGCUCACGCUGUCCCACCCGGGGCCAUGGGACCUUGCUACAGUUACGCAGACUACCAGCCGUCGCCGGGUAUAUGUAUGUCCGAGCAUGUGUGUGAAUAAAUCUUGCUAUUGCA